CUGCUGCCUCGUUCACUCUGUGGCAGUCAGACGCUGACAGGACCAUGGCUCUGAUGCAGGCUCCAGUGGGCCCCAGCCCUGGGCAGACCUGCGCACUGAUCCUGAUCUUCACAGUGCUCCUGCAGGCCCUCUGUGUGGCUGUGACUUACGUGUACUUCACCAAUGAGCUGAAGCAGAUGCGGGACAAGUACUCCAAAAGUGGCAUAGCUUGCUUCUUAAAGGAUGAUGACAAUUUUUGGGAUGCCAGUGAUGACGAGAGUAUGAUCAGCCCCUGCUGGCAUGUAAAGUGGCAACUCCAUCAGUUUGUUAGAAAGAUCAUUUUGAGAACCUAUGAGGAAACCAUUCCUUCAAUUUCAGAAAAGCAACAAAAUAUUCCUCGCCUAGAAAGAGAAAAAGGUCCUCAGAGGGUGGCUGCUCACAUAACUGGGACCAAUCGGAAAAGCACAUUCUCAGUUCUAAGCUCCAAGAAUCAAAAAGCUUUGGGCCAGAAAAUAAAUUCCUGGGAGUCAUCAAGAAAAGGACAUUCAUUCUUGAAUAAUUUGCACUUGAGGAAUGGAGAGCUGGUUAUCCACCAAACAGGGUUUUAUUACAUCUAUUCCCAAACAUACUUUCGAUUUCAGGAAACUGAGGAGGUUUUGGGAACAGUUUCAACAGAAGAGAACAGAAAGAAAAACAAACAAAUGGUACAAUAUAUUUACAAAUGCACGAGCUAUCCUGACCCCAUACUGCUGAUGAAAAGUGCUAGAAAUAGUUGUUGGUCUAAAGAUUCAGAAUAUGGACUCUAUUCCAUCUAUCAAGGUGGAAUAUUUGAGCUUAAGGAAAAUGAUCGAAUUUUUGUCUCUGUAACUAAUGAGCAAUUGAUUGACAUGGACCAAGAAGCCAGUUUUUUCGGGGCCUUUUUAAUUGGCUAAAUGAUCUGCAAAGAAAAAACAGUGCCCCCAGAGAGACUUUUCACUUUUCAGAGCGAUAUACUGUGAAAAGACUGCAAAAGAGCUGACAAAAUAAGGCAGCCGGAGCAGAGCAGCCACAAUCACAAGACUCUACAGCACAAGCUUUUUUGGUAUCUCUGAAAAGUGACCAACUUAUUCCAAGAAAGAGAAACUGACAAAAGACCUUCUGGGACUCUACCUGAUAUCAGCUUGCUAGCAGAAAUCUAGAAGGUUCUCAGUUUACAAACAUUUGUGUAGCAAUUAACAUCUUCUGCCUUAACCGUCUACUCUUGUGAAGAUACCAGAAGACUGAAAGGUCAUGGUCAGGGUAUGCAGUGUGCCAGGGGAGUUGGUGCAGUGUGGGGCCUUGUGGGAGUUGUCCUGUACCUUUGUACUCUUGGAAGUAAGAAAAUUCCAUUCGAAAUCGUAUCAUUUCACUAAACAAAUUAAAGUUAUGUUUAGUGAACAAGGAACUAUUUUCGGUUGGCCAAAAAGUUCGUUCGGGUUUUAUGUAGUCAUAUAAAAACCCGAACGAACUUUUUGGCCACCGUGAUAUUUCUGAGUGGCUUGUGUUUUUCACUCCCCAAAGUCAGGCUGACCGAAAGUACUGAAGAUAUUUUUGAUAGAAGACUCUAAAAUGAAUGAUAAGAUAAUCAGAAAUCAGGAAUUUGGCCCCUUGUGAGCAGGAGAACUCGGAAAGUGGGAAAAAAAAAAAAAAGAACUGUUUGAUAAUGUAACUUAGGGAUGGGCAAGAAUUAAUUAUGACUCUAUAUUUUUAUACUAAAAUUUUAAAAUAUGUUUCUUUUUCAAUAAAAAUGACAUGUUAAAAUA